UCUGUCACCCUUCGCCUGCUUCCAGUCACGUGACUCACGGACGCCGGUGUGACCUCUGCGUGACCUCUGCCUACACGAGUAGCUCGGAGCUAUGGCUCAAAACAGGGCAAAAGAAGAUGAGUUUAUUAAUAAAGAGCCGCUGCAGGAGAACAGAGAGGCCGGAGAGCAGACAGCGGCGGCGGAGAGUAAGCAGAAGGAGCCAGACUUCGGCUACAGCUUAUAUCCCGAGCGCGGCAGCAGCAAGUUCAAGCAGGGCUCGAUCGGAGAGAGUCUCUUCACCUUUAAACACAAGUGUCUCAUCAUGCUGCAGGUCGCCACGGACACUAGUCCUUAUGCUAAGCUCCUGCUGGGUGCCAUGAAGAGCUCCGGCUGUGCAGUUCAUAAAGACAGACACUUCUCCUGUGAGGACUGCGAUGGGACGGUCAGCGGCGGCUUUGAUGCUGCCACCUCUCAGAUCGUCUUAUGCCAGAACAACAUCCAUCAGCAGGCUCACAUGAACCGUGUGGUGACCCACGAGCUCAUCCACGCCUUCGAUCACUGCAGGGCCAGAGUCGACUGGUUUAGCAGCUUCAGACACCUGGCCUGUUCAGAGAUCCGAGCUGCUAAUCUGAGCGGAGACUGUUCGUUCGUUAAUGAGAUUUCCAGAUUUAACUUUGGCCUGAAAGAGCACCAUCAGGCGUGUGUUCGCGGCCGAGCGCUGCGCUCCAUCCUCGCCGUUCGCAAGGUGAGCCGGGAGGAGGCGGAGCUAGUGGUUGACGAGGUGUUUGACAGCUGUUUCCAUGACCACGCCCCUUUUGGCCGCAUCCCACACAGCAAGAAAGACGCCAAGUUCGCUUACAGAGAUUACGAGAACCGAGACCGAUACUACGCCAACCUCUGACGCAAGAGAGAAAUAUACUACACUGUGCUGUUCAUUCAUGUUCAGGAAGAAUUAGAAAACGGCAUACUUGCCUUUUUCAUCACUAAACGUUUGACAACACCAUUAAUGUUUUCUUUAUCUGAGCAUCAGUUUGAAACGGAUGAGAUUGUUUAUUGAUGGAUUAACGAUCAAAUCCGUCUUUGUAUAUGAUUGUACAGGUUUUUAUGAGUUAUUCUUGCGAACAUUCAGUGUUCAUGGAGCCUCGGGUUUCUGCACAAAACUGAAAACCUUUCCAUUUAAAUAACAGGAUUAAAUAAAUGUUAUUUUACACCAGUGUUUUUCCUCAGUUGCGUCGUUGAUCCACACGGUGGCGCUGAUGCUGUU